AUGGAUAAACUGCGAGGCAACAAUGCAGGCGGCGAGAAUCCCUUCAAGCGGCCAAUGAAUGCCCUGCAGAAGCAGUGGUAUCGCGUCCUGCUCGCCCGCAGAGUGGGAUUCGGGCAACGCCCUCCGCCCGAUGAAAGGGAGCUAACCUACGCCGACAUUUGUCGUAAGCGUUAUACUGCCGCGUUCCGGCGAUACAACGAACGUUUUCGCCGGGAAAUGGCCAAACACGAGGAGAUGCAGCGAUGCGCCAUCGAUGCCAUGAGGGUUCACAGGACCUUUGCCAUAACAACUUUCUGGCUGCCAUUGCACUCGAAGCGGGAAAUCAACUCUACGCUGGAGACCCUCGAACAGGUUCUCACCGCGAAGGAAAGACGACGCCUGCAGGAGAUACUCAAACAUCGCUGAAACAACAGCCACUGCUCGAAGGCCACUCCACCGAAUGGGAAUCAUCCUCAUCCCUGUCGACAUCAUCUGCCAGGGCUAAGUGAAUUCCAUUUAGCUUGGAUUUCACUUUGCCUGGGAGCCUGAUUUUUCCUCGCUCACUUCUUUAUUUUUCACUUUUCCUACGUUUUGUUCUUGAAA